UCAAUAACAUUUAAAGUCUUUAUUCCAGACGUGUACAACUACAUGUACUGUAAUGGAGAGUGGGUCGGAUAGAGUAAGGGAUUUGUUUAGUCGGAGGCAAGAUGGAGAUGCUCCUUCUGAGUUGCGGACGUGGUCUGUUAUAGCUUUGACUGGGUCUUGUGUUGGUUUUGUGUUUGGUGGUUUUAUUGGGGCUCGCAAUGCUGGCGAUGCUCACAUCGAGAGGACGAAAUUGAUUGUGUAUGACAAUCAGUUCCAGGCACACAGAGAGAUGCAGUCUGCAGCUGUUAGGGGGUUUGUUCGGAUGGGCAGUAGGUGGGGAUGGAGGAUUGGUAUUUUUGCAAGUCUCUUCAGUGCUACAAACAUUCUGUUGGGUGUGUAUCGAGACAAGGAUGAUUUUGUGAAUACAACUGCUGCAGGAGCGAUUACUGGUGGUGCGUUCCGGUUGUCGUGGGGACUCAAAGCCAGUCUAGGCGGGAUGAUCAUCGGAACAGUCGUAACGUUGCCAUGUGCACUUGCAUAUCAACUACUUGACCGCAUGUUGGUCUCGAGUUUUGAACGGCAAAUGCAGCACAAUGAGAAAAAGGAAGCUCGCCAGCGACGUCGCUUAGAAAAGGAGAAACUUAGCCAACGUGUUGAUGUUUUGCUGCAAGCCAUGGACACAGAAUUGAGUUUAGAAGAGAAUUCAGAUGCUCAAACGGCACCUGGCCUAACCGAUUAUUACGAACAAAAGCAGUUGGAAAAUGAAGAAAACGCCAAAAUUUUGCCUGAUGAAAGUGCUGAUAGGACAGAACAUUUGCAUAGUUCAAGAGAUUGUGCAAGUGGAAAGAUUUUUAAGAACGAUGUGAUAGUUCUAAAAAAUGAGUGAACACAAUUUUUUUGUCUUGCAAUUGCCGUAUUUACGUGUAAAUAGCAGUAGUAGGAAUUGUCGGAGCCCCAAGUAGAACUCUAGAUGUAAUAUUAAUUUUUAAUUAAAUUAAUUGA